GUUUGUACAAUGCUCUUCUGGAAAAAGGUCUAGCCUUUCUUUAUAAAGCACCUGUGUCUUGCUAGUUGCAAGUGGCUGUGUGUCAGUGUGUGUAUUCAUCAUCCAUUUGCACAGAAAUAAAUGACAUUUACCAGGAUGAGUGACUAUGGAGUUGCAGAAAUAACAUGGGAAAAUGGUCAACCAGCCAUGCAUGAGCUUGGAAGGACCAAUGAAACACUAGAAUCCAUUGUUCAUCAUGCUACAACAUAUUACAACCAAAGUCAACAUCAAGAGUUUGACCUACAAACAAGUCAAAUUCUACCAAGAACAUACAAUCUAAGCUCAAAUGUUGCAUCUUCCAGUGGGAAUCGGGUCGAUACCGCGGGCCCGAGUUACCUAAAGAAGCGGCCCAGAUCAUCGGCUAUUGUCCAUGAUCAAUGUGUAGGAAAUUUGGGUUUGCAAGAAGAUAAUGUUAGCAACAGCAAAGAUAAUGAAACUACUAUGAUGACAUGGCCUUCAUCCGACUCGCCUAAUCAGAGCUUGAAGAGUAAAAACACAGAUGAUGAUUCUGCUUGUCAAUAUGGAUGGGAAAAUAAAGAAGAAGAAUGCAGGACUGAGGAUGAAACAGUUCGGUCUCGAUCGAGUAGGAGAAGCCGAGCGGCUGCUGUUCAUAAUCAGUCCGAACGGCGACGAAGAGAAAGGAUUAACCAGAAGAUGAAAGCUCUACAAAAGCUUGUGCCUAAUGCUAAUAAGACAGAUAAAGCUUCAAUGUUGGAUGAAGUAAUAGAUUACUUAAAGAAGCUUCAAGCACAUGUGCAAAUAAUGAAAAACAUGUCAGUUCCACAACAGCAAAUGAUGAUACCGGUACCACUACAAUUGCAGCAACAACAACAACAGCAGCAGCAGUUUCAGAUGUCGAUGUUAGCCCGAAUGGGAAUGGGAUUAGGCAUCCAGAUUGGUAUGCCCCCGCCAGCUCAGAAUCCCUUCAUGGUCCCACAAACAAUGAUUAGCCCCCUCCACAUAAGCGCCACGUCACCACCAGCAAUCCACAACCGCCUACCCACCAACACCACAGUUUCUUUCAGCGACCCACAUAACGCGCUUCUAGCACAACAUAUAAAUAUGGAUAUGUACAACAACAUGGCAGAGUUCUACAGGCAACAGGUCAACCACGGAAAGUCAAUGGGCACGAGCUCAUCUCAGCCAGACCAUGUUCCGGGCAAGUGAUGAUAAAAAAAAAGCGUCUUGUAAUUAUUGUAAUAAAUAUAUAGUUACAACCUAAGUAUGCAUUAUAUGAUGAUCAUGUAAAAGUUCUUUUUGGUGUCUUUAUCAUAGUAUUUAUUAUGCUGGUUUGUUA